AUGUGGGAGAAAGUGGAAGCACUCCAACCGGUCGGGGCCGAAGACGGAAUAGUGCAAUUUAUUAGGGGCUGGUCACUUGCCCCACCGUCUCCAACAAGCGGACUGAUGAUGUUAUCGACCGAGAUAACGACUUAUACUAAUUGUUCGAGAAUCCGCCCAAAGUUCGCUUGUUUUCUGGUUAGGUUGCGGAUCGAUAUAAGAUACGACGUUACGAGAAUGUCACAGAAGUCGUUGUUUCCCGGUGUUGCUGUUGUGACGGGAGCGGGAGGGACCGGAAUCGGUGCAGCUACCGCAAAAGCAUUCGUUGCUGCCGGAUGCAAGCGAAUUGCUAUCACUGAUCUCAAUGAAGCUUCGUUACAACAGACGGCGGAUGCAAUUCUUUCCGCCUAUCCCGAAACCCAACUGGUGGUAAGGCCGGGGAAUAUCGCGGACGAGACCUUCGUCGAGUCCUUUAUGCAGGGUGCCAUCCUCAUGCUCGGGCGAAUCGACUAUGCAGUGAACUGUGCAGGAAUAUUAGGAGGAGGCCAACGCUCCACAGAAACAACCGCUGAAACCUUUGACCGCAUCAACGAUGUGAACUACCGCGGCUGUUGGCUCUGCUCGAGGGCGGAGUUGAAGCAAAUGCUAAAGCAAGACCCAUUACCCAGCCACGAUCCAGAUCGUGAACCUCAACGGGGAUCUAUUGUCAAUGUUGCAAGUCAACUCGGAAUAGUCGGGCGUCCGGAGGCUCCUGCGUACUGUGGUUCCAAGGCUGCCGUGAUUGGUAUGACACGCUCGGAUGCGAUCGAUUAUUCCAGGGAUGGAAUAAGAGUAAACUGUGUUUGUCCGGGUCUUGUCGAGACGCCCAUGACCGUACAGUCUGAGGAAUCGCGCGAGAGAUUCAGACCGGCUGUGGAAAUUGCCCCGAUGAAGAGAAUGGGGAAGCCGGCCGAAAUAGCAGAUUCUAUUCUGUUUCUAUGCUCUACGCAAGCAUCCUUCGUACAAGGGCAUGCUCUUGUUGUGGACGGCGGAUAUGUCAUAAAUUAG